UCGAGGAAUUAAAAUAAGAGGACUCCAAUCAACGAACUUUUCUUUCCAGCUUCAAUGUUUAGCGUUAUUAGAACUUGAACAAUAUUUAAUUUGAGCUCCAUUUCUCGUACAUUUACAGUGAUUCUGCUGUAAGCUAGCAAUCCCGAGAAAAGAGGAAUAUAAGAACAAAAGAGAAUGGACAGUUCCACCGAUUUCAGUUCCUCAACAUCCAUUCCAAAUCAAAGCAAAUCUACUGCAGAGGAUCCUAGCUUUGAUAACACUUCGAAUUUCCAGACGUAUGGCCAUGGCGAUAAUUUUGAUUUAGUUUUAAGUUUUCCAUGCACUGAAAAUUUUCCAUAUAGAUGUCCCACAUCAGUAGUUACUUUGUUGGUGUUCCUUUUAGGAAUCAUAGGGAAUACCGCCGUCAUUGUGAUUAUGAAAAGGAAAAGACUAUUUAGAAAGACCUCACAUAUGUGUAUUCUGAUUUUGGCGAUCAACGAUUCAUGGUCUCUUUUGUGUAACAUUACCCGUGAGUUUGUAUUGUAUCCUAAUUUAGAUUAUUUUCGUCUCAAAUUUGGAUUUUUUGAACCAUUCUGCGUCAUUUUCUUUGUGCUGUUCUACACUCCUUACCUAUGUUCUAGCAUCAAUAUUGUAUUUAUGGCAUAUGAGCGCUAUAUUCUUGUCACCAACCCGCUCGAGUACAUGAAAACACAUACAACAAAGCGCGCUGUUUUCAGAGCACUUAUAGCUUUUAUAACUUUUCUCAUCAUUAAUACGAGUUAUGCCAUUGUCAUGUCGGAAACAUCCAAAUGUCCGGAUUAUCUAUUCUAUUCAGAGUAUUACGCCUUUAUAAGUGUUCCUUUUAUAGUUUUGUCCUCAGUUUUAUUAUUGCUUUUUCACUGUCUCAAAAUAGUAAAGCUUUCAAAAUUACAAAUCUUAGGAACCAAGCAUUUGAGAAAUGCUCAGAGUCAUUGGCGCAUGACAAAAAUUGUUUACGUUAUAGUUAUUAUUUACAUUUUGUCUCAAAUUCCUUACGUUGUUUAUGAUAUUAUUUCUACUUGCGAUACUUUCGGUCUCUUUGUAUGGCCAGAAAAAAAUUAUGCUAUACUUUUGGAGUAUGGUAUCGUGAUAUUUUUGAUGAAUUAUGCCGUCAACCCAUUUAUAUAUUGGCUAACGCCUCUACGUUGUAAUUGUAAUCCUAAAAGUUUGCAAUCUACAUCAGAUACAAGUAAUACAAUAUCGACUAUAGGGUCUCCGGAUAGUUAAGAUUACAUCCAAAACACCAGGAAUGCAGCUCAUUCUAUAUCGUUUAUUGUCUAUUUAAUGUCUAAUCAGUAACAUUAUAGAAAUGAUUUUGUUCAUACGUUGUAAAGUCAACAAAAAAUAAUGGAUUGAUAAAUAUGACCAAUAAGGAUAAUUGAAUAUUAUAAAAAUAUAAUAUAUUAUAUAUAUGGAUGUAAUUUUACUACACAAAGAAAUGGAAAAUCCUCUAUUUUAUGAUUUUUUUUUGA